AGGCGUUAACAGAUGAAAAAAACGUCACCGGACGUUCAUUUCGCGAAAAAAACUUCACCGGACGUUCAUUUCGCGAAAAAAAUGUCACCAGACGCUCAAUUCGCGAAAAAAACGUCACCAAAUGUUCAUUUCGCGAAAAAACGUCACCAAACGUUCAUUUCGCGAAAAAAACGUCACUGGACGUUCAAUUCGCGAAAAAAACGUCACCAAACGUUCGUUUCACAGAAAAAAUAUCACCGGAUGUUCGUUUCGUGAAAAAAAUGUCACCGGACGUUCGUUUCGCAGAAAAUACGUCUUCGGACGUUCAUUUCGCAGAAAAACGUCUUUGGAAGGAUGGAGGGAUGUAUGUUGCGAAUAAGUCGUCAUCUUCAUUUUGUGAAAAAAC